AUGGAUAGCAGCAGUGUGGAAAUUCCUGAAUACUUCGUCUGCCCUAUAAGUCUUCAGAUCAUGAAAGAUCCGGUGACCACCGUGACCGGCAUCACCUACGACCGGAAAAGCAUCGAGCUCUGGCUGUUCACCUGCGACACCACCACUUGUCCGGUCACCAAGCAGCGGCUGCCGCCGGACUCCGACCUAACCCCCAACCACACCCUCCGCCGUCUGAUCCAAGCAUGGUGCAUGGAAAAUGCAUCCAACGGUGUUGAUCAGAUUCCCACUCCCCAAGCACCUCUCAGAAAAUCCCAUCUCCUGAAAAUCCUACAAGAUCUCCAAAACCCUAAGUUGCAGCUAAAAACCCUAAAAAGGCUGGAGUUGUUGGCCACGGACAACCAGAGCAACAGGAAGUACAUGGCAGAAGCUGGCGUGGCUAAUACCAUGGCAUCAAUUAUCGUAAAUUGUCACAAGAAAGGGCAGAUCUCGGGUCUCGACGAAGCUCUAAGGGUUCUCCAUCUUGUUUUGACUAAUUCACCGGCUGAAAGGGCAGUACUCCUCGACCCAAAUGAUCAAAUUAUCGACUCGUUGAGUUGGGCUUUAGGGUUGGAGAUCUAUAAGGAUGUCGCGGCUAAAGGACAUGCAGUACUAAUAUUGAAAGCACUCAUGGAAACAGCGAGUGCUAAUAUACUAGAGAGGCUAAAACUAGAGUUCUAUGAUAGAAUUUUAGGUGUCCUAGGGAAUGAAAGAUUAGGCUCUCAGAAGAGAAUCAUCAAUACCGCUUUGCAAGUGUUAUUAGAUGCUUGUCCAAGGGGAAGAAACCGAAUGGUGAUGGUCGAAGCCGGGGCAGUUUUUAGGCUCAUUGAGCUCGAGCUCGGCAUGCCUGAGAAGAGAACCAGUGAGCUCAUAUUCGGGAUAUUGUUUCAUUUAUGCUCCUGUGCAGAUGGGAGAGCUCAGCUCCUAAGUCACAGAGGCGGGAUCGCCAUGGUUUCGAGGAGGAUUAUGAGGGUGUCAGCAACUGUUGACGAUCGAGGGAUUUCAAUUCUUUUGUUGAUAUGUAAGUUUGCGGGGACUCGGGCGGUGCUUAGGGAAAUGUUGGUGGUUGGAGGAGUGGCAAAGCUUUGCAUGGUGAUGGAAGCGGACUGCGCUGCAUAUUUGAAAGAUAGAGUAUUGGAAAUCCUUGCAUUGCACUCUAGUGCGUGGAGAGACUCUCCUUGUUUUUCACGAUGUCUACAAGAUCCUAUGGAUAUUAGCUCUGCUCCUACAAGUGAUAAUGCCAGUGAUGGAGAAGAAGAUACAACUGAAGAAGAGGAAGAAGGUGAUGAUGAAGGCACUAGAGAAGAUGAAGAAGAUGCAGCUAAUGAUGAUGAUAAUGUUGUAGAUGAUUGA